CGCAUGAAGUCCUUGGUUCGCGGCCCUUGACCUUCACUCGGUGGUAAGUUGAACCUGCUUCUUUCAUGUUGUUGAUUUGGCCUCAAGUCUCUGGCCAAAGGCAUUUAAAGGCAGGACAAAAGUUGGUUUCGUCGCGGCGCGGCAGCGUCUGGGCGUCUGGCUGCCCAAAGGCAAACAGGCCAUGGCUGCCGGCAUGAGCACUCAGGGCAGGGCAGGGCAGGGCAGCGCCUCCGCCUCCGCCUCCGCCUCCGCCUCCGCCUCCGCCUCCGCCUCCGCCUCCGCCUCCGCCUCCACCUCCACCUCCGCGACGCCACCUCCACCGCUGCGCACGGGUCGUGCAGGUGAGCCGAGGCCAGUGAGCUAGCACAAGCAAAAGAAAAGCGUGAGCAUGAGCAGCGACCGCAACUGCUACGUUACCUUUGACGAGAUAACCGCGCGCCAAGCUGCGCCACUCCGGCGUCCUAAAGCUCUCAGCUGGUGUAUACGGCUGUCAGAGGCUGGGCUGGCGUAGACUGGCCGCAGACUACCAAGCGAAGGCUGCGAUGCGUUGUGAUAACGCGAACCCCAAGAGACCCACCUGGAACACAGCCAGGCAUCCGCGGUGAGCCAGGAGUAGUACGUACAUGCGAGGACAAGAGGAAAGAGAACGGCAGAAAGGAGGGUGCGGCAUGGCGGUUGUCAAAACGUUGAGGCCGGCGCAGAAAACAAACCAGGGUGGCUGCCUAGCUGCGGCCGGGCUGACGCGAAGGCUGACUGGCUGCUGUAUAUGGUGAGCUGAGACUGGUAUGAAAGGCUGGUGCCGGCCAGGCGAGUUGGCCAGUUGGGCAUGAGGCGCCGCUGCAUGGGGACACGACGCGCUGUAGGCCAUGGGUAACUGACGGGUGCGGACCGUAGUACGGUUCCCCACACCCGUCCAGGAACCGGCCCACGCACGGUGCAGCGAGGCCGGCCGGGUGGAGGAACCGGGCUGGCAGCUGGGCUGGACGUCGCGACGUUGAAUCGACAAGAAUCUGGGCCCCACAGGGGGUCGGGGCGUGCAGCCUCGUGCAGGGGCGCUGCGGGCGUGCCGACGACGCCAGCGUGUCACCGAAGUCCACGUGAAAGCCAGAAGAGAUAAACGCUGACAAGAAUAAAGCCAGCAACGUUCCAUAAAUAGUCUCAGUACAAACGAGAUUUGUGCAGGGCAUCGUGCCAACCGCGUGAAUGGUGGCUGCACCCGCAAGCGGGAGGCUCGCCCUUGCCAAACACUUAAGGGCGGGACCUUAAGUAGGUCCCUGCCACUGGGCAACAGAUACCAGCGUGAACUUGCCAGGGCCCAGGGGCGAGUAUCCCUGUUCUGUCCUGUUAUUGAUAUGCUUGAAAGAACGCAACACGCACAAGCGAACAUGACGUUGUAGAGCCGAGGCCAGUGAGCUAGCACAAGCAAAAGAAAAGCGUGAGCAUGAGCAGCGACCGCAACUGCUACGUUACCUUUGACGAGAUAACCGCGCGCCAAGCUGCGCCACUCCGGCGUCCUAAAGCUCUCAGCUGGUGUAUACGGCUGUCAGAGGCUGGGCUGGCGUAGACUGGCCGCAGACUACCAAGCGAAGGCUGCGAUGCGUUGUGAUAACGCGAACCCCAAGAGACCCACCUGGAACACAGCCAGGCAUCCGCGGUGAGCCAGGAGUAGUACGUACAUGCGAGGACAAGAGGAAAGAGAACGGCAGAAA